AGUAAGUCAAAAGCGUAAAAUGCCGUUGUCGACGGUGGCUUCCACUGUUAGAUCUUUCAUUACACGAUCGUCCUUCGUCGCCAGAGCCGCCUUCCUUCCUCCUUCCUCCUUCUCCACCUCCGCCAAGAAACCACCAAUUCCGACCCUUUCUUCUUCCUUUACCUCCGUCUCCGGCUCCUUUCAUUAUACUUUGUUUAUAAAACCCAAACAGAUGGCUUCGCAGAUGUCUUCGGAGAGCUUCAAGUUCGGGCCGUACAAGAUCGACGGGAGGGGAGUGUUCUACUCCACCAAUCUAUCCUUCGCCAUGGUUAACCUGCGCCCUCUUGUUCCUGGUCAUGUACUUGUCUGCCCAAGGCGUGAAGUGAAGCGCUUUGGUGAUCUCACUGCUGAUGAGACCAGUGACCUUUGGAUCACAGCGCAAAAGGUUGGUAGUCGGCUGGAGAGUUACCACAAAGCAUCAUCUCUCACACUUGCUAUUCAAGAUGGACCCCAAGCCGGACAGAGCGUACCCCAUGUUCAUAUCCAUAUCCUCCCACGGAAAGUUGGUGACUUUGAGAAGAACGAUGAGAUUUAUGAUGCACUAGAAGAAAAGGAGAAGGAAUUAAAGCGAAAGCUAGAUUUAGACCAGGAAAGGAAGGACAGAAGCCUCGAGGAAAUGACACAAGAAGCUGAAGAGUACAAACAGUUGUUUUAGAAGGUAGAAUCUGCAUUGCAGAUGUUCGAUAUGCACAGCACAAUAUGUAAAUUUUUUCUCACGGGAUGUUUCCAGUGUAUUCGGAUGCUUUACUAUGAUUGUAGCUGGUUUAUUAGGGUCGGAGCUUGUUGUGAUAACGUCAGUCGGAUCCCCAUUUAUA